UAUUAAAAAGCGCUGCUUUUUUUCUUAAAGGAGAAGCGACAUUAAGACAUACGGCCCGGUUCCGAUGCCUUCCGAUUCUGGAUUAUCCGAUCCUGUCCCUUUAAGUUUGAAGUUUUGUGAUUAAUGGAAUGCAUAAAUAGAAUUUACUAUCAAUAAACGUUUUUUUUCUGACAGAAGAAGAAUCGGGACGAGUGAGCUUGAGAGGUCCGUCCUGAGCUUCAGCUCCCCCCACCUCCCCGCCACCAGCACCAUCUACCAGCCCGCUCGGGUGCAGCUGGCAGCGCAAGGCGGGCGGCGAUGGAAUCGGAGCCGACCCGGCCCAACGGUGACAGCGGGGAGCCGGAGCCUCAGUCUAGCGAAGCAGAUGCCGAACAGACGCGGGCUGCACCCGUGGCGACAGCAGGUGACCUCAGUCCAACGGGCUCGGGAAGAGUGCUCCGGGGCCGAACAGUCACCGGAGCUACGGCAGCGGCCUUGGCGACUCUAGUGGUCCGGAACUCGGACGAGCACCCACCGUCAGCGCCACCAUCAAAACCUGGGCCUCGUUCUGGAAGAGUGCUGAGAGUAAGGACGAGUCGCGGAGGGACCGCAGCAGCUGCCAGGGAGAAGAGCCGGGGAACCGCCGGGUGCGGGCAAGCUGCAGAUGGAGCAGACGAGGGCUCUGCAGCUGCCCGUCGAAGGAAGGCGGAGUGCCCGCGUCGGAGAAGGAACCCCGCUGUUCGUGGAGAGAGCGUGGCUCAGGCGCCGGGUGACAGCGGCCUAACGACAACCUCUAAAGACAGAAAUGACAUCACCAAAAAAGAAAGCUCACCUGGAACAGCAUCUUGCACUCCAAGAUCACGUCCAGUGAGGUCUCGCCGUGGUGGUAGAAUGAAUGCUGCACAACAGAAGGACUCAACUGGAAACUCGAAAACAGCAGAGUCUCAGAUUGAUUCGGACCAGUUUAUUUGCAAAACUGAGCCUGACACGGAACAAAAAAGUUACUGGGCUGCCCCAGGGGAUCCUCCUUCCAAAGUCGGAUUAAGUGAGGAAGAUGAAGAUAUGGUCAUUAGUGAGGAAGAACCCCCUUUUCGAGAUGACCCCAAAGACCAGAACUAUAAGCCACAGGAUGAAAGGGACCCACCCAAACCUCGUAGGAGGGCUCAAAAGGGAAAAAAUGAUAAAGACAAGAAGCUUGAUAUCAAGACUGAGGUGGAUGUUAAGCAGGAGAAUGAAUUUGGAGAGGAGAUUGAGCCACCCAGAAAAAGAGGAAGAAGAAGGAAGGAUGAUAAAAGUCCCCGGCUACCAAAGAGGAGGAAGAAGCCUCCUAUCCAAUAUGUGCGCUGUGAGAUGGAAGGGUGUGGAACUGUGCUCGCUCAUCCUCGCUACUUGCAGCAUCAUAUUAAAUAUCAGCACUUGUUGAAGAAGAAAUACGUUUGUCCGCAUCCUUCAUGUGGCCGCCUCUUCCGACUUCAAAAGCAGCUUCUCCGGCAUGCCAAACACCAUACAGACCAACGGGAUUAUAUUUGUGAGUACUGUGCCCGAGCCUUCAAGAGUUCUCAUAAUCUGGCUGUACACCGAAUGAUUCACACUGGAGAAAAGCCCCUACAGUGUGAAAUCUGUGGUUUUACCUGCCGCCAGAAAGCAUCUUUGAACUGGCACAUGAAGAAACACGAUGCCGACACCUUUUACCAGUUCUCUUGCAAUAUCUGUGGAAAGAAAUUUGAGAAGAAAGACAGCGUAGUGGCGCACAAGGCCAAGAGCCACCCAGAAGUUCUGAUAGCAGAGGCUCUAGCUGCCAAUGCUGGGGCGCUGAUCACCAGCACAGACAUCCUGGGAUCAAACCAGGAAUCGCUGGCACACCCCCAAGAGGUAGUUAAUGCAGAGCACCCGGGUACAGAGAGCCUUCUGCUAACAUCGCCUUGCAUGAAUCAGAUGACCUGUGACCCCGACACCCUCGUCAUUGGUGCUGAAGAGCUGAGUAUCCCUCACCAAGCCAGGGCUGUUUGCGCCACGGCGGAUCGGCUAGUGAUCAGUCCACAGGUUUUGGCUUCGGAUACCCGGAUCCUGACCACCAGUACCGGAUUAAUCAUCAACGCUGAAGCACUCGGGGCAACAACAGAGGUCCUCAUUGAGAACUCGGAUCAUCAUAUCCUGCACUGAAAGGACGCAAUAUGGACACUGCAUUGAGAGAGAAGAGAGGGAAAGAGACAUUUGGGCAGACGGGAUGGCAUGGAGGCUUUAUUUAAAACUAUAUAGAAAAUGUCCAUUCAGUGCAGUGCCUGACCAUGAAUAUUGCACCACCUUGCAAUUUAUUUUGUUUUGUUCUUUAAUUCUUAACAUUUAACAUAAUAGGAUUUUUUUUAAUUUAUAAUAGCUAUUGCUACUCGCUUGUACAGUCAAUGUAAAAUAAAAAAAACUGCCUUUGCUGUAGGUCCACAAACAAUAAGAUUUCGUCUGGGUUUUGAAAAACUAAUGAAUUGCAAAUCCGACUCUCGUCUAUUAAAGAAAACACAAAAAACACGCAAAACAAAAAAAAAAACAAAGCUUCAGGGACUGCGUCUGAACGAAUCAAAUGGGCUGACAAACAAAACGUCUCUUCUCAGUUUUCCAUCAUUUUUGUUUGUUCACUUUUAUAAUUUUUUUUUGGAGGGUUGAUCUUAAAGGUUAAAAGAGUGAAGACACUGAGCCGGCAAAUCAAAAACAAUAUUUAAGGACUGCAACGGUGUAUUUGGUUGUCGCUGCUUUCCUGAUGUGAAGAGAAUGUGAAUUAGGAAACGUUGAUUACGAAGAAUGUGUAAAGAUUAAGCAAUUCCCCAGAUUGGGAGGUUUUGCUUGGUUAUUAACAAGAUCAUAAUUUUGGCACUACUUUUUUUUCUAUUACUGCUGUUUUUUUUUUUUUUUUUUGAUUAAGUAGGACCCGAGUCGCUGGCUGCAGGACCUGCCAUAAGUAUCUUAUUUGUUUUUUGAGCUGCAUAUUUCCAUAUCCCUUUUUCUUAAUAUCUGCAGUCCAAUACACAGAUGAAGAGGAUCAUUAAUUAACUUUAAUUUUGCAGACUCGCCUGUCUAAAUCUUUAAACAUGAGAAUAAAAUAUCUGUUUCUUGCUUUUAAUCAAAUCUUUUGAUUGUUCUCAUUUCAGAGAUUGGUGUUUUGAACCUCUGCAAUUUUGCGUUCACAGUCGAGGGGAUUCAUCCAAACCAUAACUGUGUAAUAUACCUUUUUACACUUUGUUAAGUCUUUAGCCUCUCAGGUGAAUUUUAUCAGUGAGCAAGUCGAGCGAGCGAGCGGCUCUUUGAAAUGAUAGCUGUUAUGUCCUUAAGGGAUCUCCAGGGGGCACUGCAGUCCAGAAAGUCUUCCUCACAAGUGCUUUGCCCAAAGGACAAUUUAAGCACAAGAAGGUACUCGACUAUGGAGAGAAAAAAAAAAAAAAAUCAGUUAUGGAAAAAACAGGUCAGUUAUGAAUACUUUCUUAUAAAUCAGGUCAGUCAUGCAAAUCUUAAACCUUACUGGUGGUCCUCUGGCAUUGAUAAAUUGAAAACUACUGGAUAAUUUAAAAGGGUGCAGUAUUCAUAGUCAGAUAAUGUUAACAAGAAGAAAGGCAGACAAGUUCACUUAUUCCUAAAUACUGUGUGUGGUGUGGAGGUGGUGGGAGGGGGGGCAUCCUUUUGUACUGUGUGCUCUGAUAUGAUGAAAAACAAGAGGGAGAAGUUUGGAGUGACUGCCUUUAUUGUUAUUUUUGCACUUGGGCCCCCAUUUCUUAAUGACUUUGUCAGAAACUACUUUUUUUUUUUUUUGGAACAAAUGUACACACAAAGAAAACCACACUGUACUGACAUGAAAAAAAUGGACAAAUGAAUAAAAUGAAAAACAAUUA